UUGAAUGAGCAUCGCGCGCUCGUUGUCAGGGAGCGUGCUUUGUGCAGGACGCGCGCUGCAGCCGCACACCCAAGACACCACAAUGCACGAAACCACAUUUUUAUCCCCGCAAUGAAUCCUUACAAUGAAACCAGAGCCGAGAAAAGCGCCGAACGCGACUUGUUUGCUUUUGGCACCUACAAACUUCUCGCCUUCGCCAUCGGAACCAUUGGAGUUUUUGGAUUCUGCAACAACGUUCUGGUCAUUCUACUUUACUGCAAAUUCAAGAGACUUCGGACGCCGACCAAUUUGUUACUUGUCAACAUAAGUUUGAGUGAUUUGCUGGUUUCCCUCAUCGGAAUAAACUUUACAUUUGUUUCGUGCGUCAAAGGCGGCUGGAUUUGGAGCCAGGCAACAUGCGUGUGGGACGGCUUCAGUAACAGUUUGUUCGGCAUCGUAUCAAUCAUGACGCUGGCGGCGCUGGCUUAUGAGCGAUACAUCCGUGUGGUCCAUGCCCAGGUGGUAGACUUUCCCUGGGCAUGGCGGGCCAUUGCCCACAUCUGGCUUUACUCCCUGGCUUGGACUGGGGCUCCUCUCCUGGGCUGGAACCGCUAUACACUGGAGAUCCACCAGCUGGGAUGCUCCUUGGACUGGGCAUCGAAGGACCCAAAUGAUGCUUCGUUUAUACUUCUGUUCCUCCUGGCUUGUUUUUUCGUACCUGUUGGCAUCAUGAUCUACUGCUACGGAAACAUCCUCUAUACAGUACAAAUGCUGCGCACCAUCCAGGAUCUUCAGACUGUUCAAAUCAUUAAGAUCCUGAGAUACGAGAAGAAGGUCGCUGCAAUGUUUCUCCUCAUGAUCGCCUGCUUCUUGGUGUGCUGGACACCCUAUGCUGUUGUGUCCAUGAUGGUGGCUUUUGGCAGAAAAAGCAUGGUCUCGCCCACUGUGGCCAUCAUCCCCUCCUUCUUUGCCAAGUCCAGCACAGCCUACAACCCCCUCAUCUAUGUAUUCAUGAGCAUCAAGUUCCGACGCUGUUUGCUGCAGCUGCUGUGCUCAAGGUUGUCUUGGCUGCAGCACAGCUUCAAAGAGCGCCCCUUGGCUCCGGUCGAGCGCCCCAUUAAGCCCAUUGUUGUUUCAAGCUCAUGCGGCGGCAGAAAGAGACCCAAAAAGAGGGUGACCUUCAGCUCCUCCUCCAUCGUCUUCAUCAUUACCAGUGAUGAUUUCCACCGCUUCGACGUGACGUCCCCUGCAGAGUCCUCUGUGAAUGUCAUUCAAGUGAGGCCGCUUUGAUCCCCCAAGACUCGACUUCUCAUCCUGUGCGGAAAUAUGCCUUACGACCUGGCAUAUAUGAAACUAAAUCUACAUCUUCACUUGGGCUUUUUCGGAAAUCUUCACCCUGUGUAAGUUCAUCAUAUCCUCAUAACACCUUAGACACAUAGCAGGAUUUUUAAAAAAAAGGUAUAACAUUUUUACUCUCCUAACCUGUGAUAAUAUACAACGUAUGUGCUAUAAAGCGUACACUAAUAAACUGGAUACAUUCAGUCAAAAUUACUAUUUUUGAUGACCCGACUCCCAAGCUUUCAGUGUUUUAAUUUGAAAUCUCUCCAGUGUGAAUACGGCCAACACUGUUGAAAGUGGCAGAAUUAUACAGUAUGUAU